CUGCCUGUGAUUCGGCUAAAGAAAGGCGCUCCGACACAGGAGUUACAGAAACGGUGGGUCUCAUUUCUCAGUUCAUCAUAAACGCGAAUUCAGUCACUGGCGAGUAGUGAUGGAGAAACGGAUCUUUUCGAAAUUCCGAGUCAAGUGAUUCAGUUGAUUUAGAAAAUGAUUCACUCUUUCGAUUCACCACACCAUAACGACACACUGCUGCCCAAAACAGGCAUCAGAGAAUAACGAACAAAUAUGUUUAACAAAAUAAAAAUCAUUAAAGUUUUAAUAUAAUAAAAUAUAACAUGCUGUUCUGCAAAUACUAAUAUAAUUAAAUAACGAAUCUUAAUGUAAAUGUCAAUCUUCUAUGUAAUGUGUCCUUUUUAUUCACUAGUUUUUUGUUAGUUUGUUUAUUUGUUCAUUUUUUUAUGCAUAAUCAACUAGAUGCACCCAGAGAUUUAGUUUGAAUUAUUUUACAGUUAACGUAUUAAUUAUUCUAUUCUUAAACAGGACACAGAAACACACAGAAAAGACCCUGGUAAAUCAUCUGAGAUCCAUGUGACACACUAUUAUAAAGAUGGCAUUUAUUAAAGAGGAGAGUGAAGAUAUAAAAAUUGAAGAAGUAUUCGGAGUCAAACAUGAAGAUACUGAGGAACAAACAGACCUGAUGGCAGUGAAAGAGGAGAGUCCAGAUCUGAAUGAAAUGGAAGAGAAAGAUAUGAAACAUCACGAUUUCAUAACUGGAGAAAAAUCUUGUAGUUUUUCACAGACUGAAAACACUUCCUCUCAAAAAAGAGCUCAGAAGACUGGAACUACAAGUCAUUUCAUCUGCCAACAGUGUGGAAAGAGUUUUAAUAAAAAAGGAAACCUUACAGUCCACAUGAGAAUUCACACUGGAGAGAAGCCUUACAAUUGCAAACUGUGUGGAAAAACCUACAAUCAAAAAGGAACACUAAAUAUUCACAUGAGAGUUCACACUGGAGAGAAGCCUCACACAUGCCAAUAUUGUGGAAAGAGCUUCCUACGAACAGAUAUUCUCAAGAGUCACUUGAGAAUUCACACUGGAGAGAAGCCUUACACCUGCAAACUGUGUGGAAAAACCUGGAAUCAAAAAGGAAAACUCAAGAUUCACAUGAGAGUUCACACUGGAGAGAAGCCUUACACGUGUGAUCAGUGUGGAAAAUGUUUCCCAUAUACAGAAACCUUAAAUAAGCACAUGAAGAUCCACUUAAGAGAGAGCUGUUUAACUGCCAUCAGUGUGGACUGAGUUUCACAGACAGGUAUCAACUUAAGAGGCACAUAAUGACUCACAUCGGACAGGAACCUUUUAUGUGUAAUGACUGUGGAAAGACUUUCAAUAAAAAAAGCAAACCUCAGGACUUACAUGAGAGCUCACACUUGAGAGAAGUUUUUCACCUGCCAACAGUAUUGAAAGAGUUUUAGACAUAAAAACUAGUGAAUUGACAACACCAGAGAGAGGUAUUUUCAUGCAUCUUCAGUGUGAGUUUUACAUAAAUUUAUCUGUAGAGUUAUGUUGUAAACUUAUUCUGGCAAGACAUUUUGAAAUUCACCUGUGCAUUCAUUCUGGAGAAAGUAUAGUACCCGAGGGUCCUUGAAAAGUCUGC